CCGCCCCGCACGCCCCACCUUACGUGCUGCGCCCGUCCGCCUCGCUCGCCGCCCUUCUCGCAGAUGCGCACGCUCGUCGCCUCGCGCGAGCCGCUGAUCAAGGAGUUCAAGCUCACCCCGACGCCUGCCUCCUUUUUGGGUGGCGGCUCUGCGUCCCGGCGGAGCUGCACCGUCACCCUCGCCCUCGAGGCGCGCCGCGUCCCGCGCGAGAAGGAGGAGCUCGCGAAGGGGCACCCGCUCCCGCUCCCGCUGCAGCGGCCAAACAGGCUCGCCGCCGCCAGCGGCGGCGGCCGUCAGCUGGGGACGCUCAAUCUGCGCUUCAAGGUGUGGGACGGCAUGUGCGACACCCACCAGGAUUCGCUUUGGCGCGAUUGGGAAGGCUCGGCCGGCGCGGGGGGGGCGUCCCCCAAGUCGGAGGCGGAGCGGCUCGCCCAUGACAUCGAAGUGCGACGCCGCACGUCACAGGCGUCCGAGGAUCCGUUGCGGUUCCCGAACCUCAGAGUAUGAGCCGGACCGCCUAUACUGUUACGUGGGGACAGGCACACCUGCGCAGUACUGUGGGGGAGUAGACUACCAGCCACUCGUACGUAAUUGUGGGUACCACCUUCGUACGGGCGUUUCGCGUCCGAAACUGUGAAUGGUUUGAACUCAAGU